ACCUUUGUAAGCAAGAACAACAUUUAUAUUUGUCUGAAAUGAUUUUUCUAACCUAUCAAGAAUCUCAAAAUAUUCGAUUAAAUAAAUAUGCUAAUGAAUCUGAAAUACUUACAAGUUCUAGAAAUGAUGAUAAUAGUAAUAUUAAAUUAUUACAAUUUAACAUACCUAUAUCUGCAUCAACUCUACAAAAAUAUAAUAUAGCAGAUAUUGCUGAUUUAAAUUCUGCUGAUAUUUAUUAA